UUUACUUGUUAACACAUAUACUUUCAUUUCAGUUUACGUCGAGCCUCUGAGAGUGUUGUGUCCAUUGCAUUGCAGUUCAUAUUGUUUAUUAUUAUAUUUACAAACGUAGAUGUAAUAACUUUCUCUUUUGCAUUGUGCAUAUCGCUUUUUUUUUAAUUAUUGUUUUUUUUUUUACUCAACUUUACUUGAGAUUCAAAUUUGAAUUAAGUGUUAAAUAAAAUUAGUGAUGAGGAAAAAUUAACAAACAUUUGAAAAGUGGAUUCGUUUAAAAAAAAAAGUACAAGCGUUUAAUUUAAAUAAUUAAAUAAAAUUAUUUUCAAACCAAAUUAAAAAAAUGGUUUGGAUUAAUUGGUGUAUGGUGUUGAGUAUUAUUUCAUUAUCCUGGGCUACCCCGGAAUGUCCUGAAGGCAACUUCUGUCGAGGAUGUGAAACUGCUCCGUCUGGAGAUUACGAAAUAAAUUGUGGAACAGAAGAAACGUCGAAGUUUAGUGUAAAUUAUCGGCCAAACAAACACCUUUAUAUUAAAUGUGAGGGUCCACAAAAUUGGACUUAUUUUGAUCUUGGUGCAGUAAAAAAAGUUAACUCCGUAAAGUCGGUUACUUUUAAAAGAUGUACUUUUUCUGAUCAAGUUAAUCUUGGAACAAUCGUGAAAAAUGUCUUUAAUGAUACUGUUGAAGAAUUGUUCUUCAGAAGAUGUAAAAAUUUAACAUCAGUAUUGACUCAAGAGAGUUUGAAAGAAUUUAAAAAACUAAACAGUCUUACACUAGAAGAUAAUGAAUUAUCAAAUUUAACUACAGAUCCUUUUAAAGAUCUUCCUAAUCUUGCAGUUAUGAAUUUUCGUGACAAUGAUAUAAGUGAGUUACCUCCAAACUUUCUAAAUGUUCCAAGUAUUAAAGUUAUUGAGCUCGGUUAUAAUAAUUUAAAAGUUAUUGAACGAUCAACAUUUGCCAAUCUUGGUCGUCUUUAUUUUUUAAAUUUAUGGAACAAUCAAAUUUCCAAAAUCGAACCACACUCAUUUGACGAAAUUCAAUCACUUGAAUCAAUUAAUUUACAUAAUAAUAAAUUAACUGCAAUACCACCGGGUACUUUUUCAAGAUUAUCCAAACUUAAAACUAUUAAUUUAUCACACAACAAUUUUACCGCUGAUUCAUUCCCAGCGGAUAUGUUUCGUUAUAACGAUAUGCUUGUAAACAUAUCAAUGUUUGAAAACAGAAGAAAUAUCACAACCUUACCAAGUGGAUUUUUCAGUAAUCUAACCAGCUUACGAAAAAUAAAUAUACGAUCAAUUGGAUUAAAUAAUUUACCUGAAGAUUUAAUCUGGGGAUCAAAAAAUCUUACGACUUUUGAUUUAAGAAAAAAUCAUAUUUCCACAAUACCAAAAAAUUUUUUUAGAGAUUCUCAAAAUUUAAUAUCUCUAGAUAUCAGUUACAAUAAGCUUCAGAAUCUAUCUGAUGACGUUUUUUCAUCAUUAUCGCAUCUUAAGUCGUUAGAUUUAUCUACAAAUUAUAUAACAUUUCUUUCUGAAAGCCUUUUAAAUGGAUUAUCAUCGCUUGAAACUUUGAAUUUAGCGAACAAUAAUAUGAUAGAUGUUCAUUUCAAAGCAUUUCAUAGUUUGACAAGUCUUCGUGUUGCACAAUUUUCUAACAAUAAAUUAAGUUUAUCAACUGUAAAAUUUGUCGACAUGUUUGGUCUUGAGUCACCAUUUCAUCAUUGCAUACAAACUUUAGAAGAAUUGUAUUUAGACCACAAUAAUAUCAAAGGUAUAUAUAAUGACUGGACUAUGGCGCCCCAUCUCAAAAAAUUGAAUUUAUCUCACAAUGAUAUAUCUGUUUUACAUGCAACACAACUUGGAUUUACUUACAAAAAAGUUGAUGUGGAUUUAUCAUAUAACAAGAUCAAAAAUAUUUUCAUGUAUAGAAAUGUAUUUGAUGCAAUUCCGGAAAGUUAUCCUCGUGACGUAAUCAUAGACAUAGGAAAUAAUCCAAUAAAUUGCGAUUGUCAGAUUCACGAUCUCCUUCAAUAUUUAGAAGGACUGAUACCUAGUGCGCUAAAUCAAUUUGAAUUGAGGGUUAAAAAUUUAAAAUGCCAUGAGCCAGCGGAAUUAAAAGAUUAUUUAAUCAAAGAUUUAUCUUCAAAAUCAUUCCGUUGUAAAUUUGAUGAUUCUCAAAUGAGCAACAAUAAAUCUUGCCCAAGUAUGUGUGAUUGUCAACUCAGACCAUCGAAUAAAGCUUUUAUUGUCGAUUGUUCGUACCGAAAACUAACAGAAGCACCCGAAGGUUUUUACUAUCCAGCUCAUCAUGUUGAAAUGAAUUUAGCCGGAAACCUUUUACAAGAAUUCCCUUCACUAAAAAAACCAGGAUACAGUAACAUAACAAUUUUAUAUCUCAACAACAACAAUAUUAGCAGCAUUGCAGCUGAUAAUUUAUCAGAUACUAUAGAAGAAUUAUAUUUAGAAGAUAAUAGUCUGUCUCAGUUAGAUGGUAAAGUUUGGGCAACGCUAAAAAAUUCAACGAAACUGAGGAAACUUAAAUUGCACGACAACUCAUGGGAAUGUAAUUGUGAAAAUCGUGAUUUCUUUUAUUUCAUUCAAGAAAAACGUGUAAAGAUUCCCGAGUUGCAACAAGUCGUUUGUAGUGGAACCGAAACACCAAUAUUUUCAAUGACCAUAGAUGAGUUUUGUCCAUCUGAUUUGUAUUGGAUAGUUGGUAUUUGUGUUGGGAUUGCUGUUUUGGGAAUCCUCAUUGCUGGAUUAUCAGCAUGGUACUAUCAUUAUCAGCAUGAGAUAAAAGUGUGGCUUUACGCCCAUCAGUGGUGUCUCUGGGUUGUUACUGAAGCUGAACUGGACAAAAAUAAAACUUACGAUGCGUUUAUUAGUUUCUCACAUAAAGAUGAAGACUUUAUAGUAAACGAAUUAGUUCCAAAACUUGAACAGGGACCAAAACCAUUCAAACUUUGCGUACAUUAUCGUGACUGGCUGGCAGGUGAAUGGAUUCCUCAACAAAUCGCGCGAUCGGUUGAUGAAUCACGGCGAACAAUUGUUGUCCUCUCACCUAAUUUCUUAGAAAGUGUAUGGGGCAAAAUGGAGUUCCGUGCAGCGCAUAAUCAAGCACUCAGUGAUGGUCGAGCUAGAGUUAUCGUUAUUCUUUAUGGCGAUAUCCAGCCAUCGGAUAUCACUGAUCCUGAAUUGAAGGCGUAUCUCAAUAUGAAUACUUAUGUCCAGUGGGGAGACCCAUGGUUCUGGGACAAAUUGAGAUACGCUCUUCCUCAUUCCAAAGAUUUUAUUAAAAAAAAUAAGACUGUAUUUGAAACUCAUCAACCAACUAUUCAAGUAAUUAGUGAUAAAAAUGAAUUGAUAAAAGAAUCACCGCCUCAGAGUUUAGACAAAACUAUUACAGAUGUUUAAAUAUUAAGAUAAAAUAAUAAAUUAUAUUUAUAGAUUAAGUCUAGUCAAGAACAUUCGACGUCAAACCAAUCAAGUUCUGAUGACUAAUUAUGAACAUCUUCAUUUUUUAAAUUAAAAAAAAAACUUUUUAAAUUUAAAUCUGUAAAUAUUCAUUUUUUUUACCAUUUAAACUUUAGCUGUAAUUAUUUUCGCUUAAACAACUUAGUUAAUAACUAUUUUAAACUUAUAAUAAAAUUUCAUGUCAUUGAUAUCAUGUGUAAAAUGAAUAACAUUUCUCAUAUUUAUUUUAUGAAUUCGUUUUAAGAGUUAUCGAUUUUUUAUACGAUUGUAAUUGUAUUUUUUUUUUAAAUAUACCAAUGAUGAUAAUUUGUUAAUUAUCUCCUGAUAUUAAGUUAUCGUUCUGCCAUAUGUUUUAAGUUUAAAAAUAUUGUUUUUAAAUUUUAUGUACGAUAAUA